AUGUCAUCCAUAGAAGCAACGCCUACUGAAGGCGCUGAAAAUAAUGAAGAACAAGAAAUUAAAAUUCCGACGGCUGGCGAAGGAAAAUCCGAAGAAGUUUAUGAAAUAAAAGAGAUCGUGGAAUACAUGCUAUCACGUAAAGUAUUACAAUUUCUGCAGGUGCGUUGGGAAGGAUAUGGUCCUGAAGAAGAUAGCUGGGAACCGGAAGAAGAUCUCAGAGAAUGUGCCAGCGAUAUUGUCGAUGAAUUUAUUAGGGGUCGCAGCGCAAAAGAAAGAAAGGCUAUUGAGGAUUUCAAGAAAAAAGCAGCUGAGAAGAAGAAAGAAGGCGUUUCGAGACGUGGAAGAAAGAGCAAAUCAUCGGAAGCAAAGACACCAAGUAAAGUCGAAUAUCGCGAUGACGAUGAUGAUGAAGACGAAAGUGACGAGGAAAAGGUGCCGAAAAAGAAAACGAGGAAAUCUCGUGCUCAGGAAGAGAGCGACUACUCGGAUUCUAAUGAAACAACUCCAAUGAGGCCAAGAAGAAAAGCUACUGGAGGCCCAUCGUCAUCGACAAGAAGGAAGAAGCAAGAAGAAAAAAGCUCAGUUUUAACAAAAGCCGCUGUCAAAUCGUAUUGUACUCCUUCGACAGCCAAAAAAGCUGCCCUAAGGCAUCGACACACAUUUUUGGGAGAUCUUUCUGAUUCUUCUGAUGACGAAAAAGAAUAUGCUGCAAUGUCUUUUGAUGAUGAAAUUCGCGCCAAAGUCAAAUCAGUAAAGAAAAAAAUGGGUAACGAAAUUUCUGCAACUGACGAAACUCCUAUCACUAAAUCGGCUUCAAGGCAACCAAUGAAUGGAGAAUCGUCCUCGUGGAUUGUUGAGGGAAUAGCCCAGAAAAAAUCGGCAAAUGAUAACUCGAAAAUUGUUUUACUGAAGAAUAAUGCAACCGGCGAGAAAAAAGUACUUUCUGAUAAAGAAGCUUAUGCUCUUGCUGGGUGGAACUUUUGCGAAUAUCUUUUGGAUCGUUGCUUCUUUUAA